UCCCUCCCAUCCUCCCUCUCAGGCUCGGCUGCGUUGCCAGGCAACAUGGCGUACUUUGGGAGUGCCCAGGAUGAUGUGGAUCUGGAGGAUGAAGAUGAUGAAGAGGAGGAGUGUGACGACAGGAUGUCAGCUCACAGCCACAACUCAACUUCCUGUCUGUCCUCACAGCGGAAAAACAAAACAACGCCGGGGAAGAAGGUCUCCAAUGGACAUGUGUUGAAUGGCCACUGCAGGUCCUUACGGGGGAAGGAGCUCUUCCUGAGGCCCAGAGGGAGAGAGGCUACCCAGGCCAGAGAGAGGGCUGAGAGGGGAGAGGCCCGGAGGGAGAACCACAGGACCUCUAUAGGACCCCCAGCCAGGACCUCCAGCACCACCCACAGUCUUCGCCACAGCAGACCCACCCAGGAGCACCCAAAGCAGGUUUCAAAAGGGAACAGGCUGUCGCGGUUAUCGUCAGCUACCAUACGCAACUCCGGUGCCAAAAAGCCCCCGGCUUCCCGACCACUGCCGUCCAGAACUGUGAAGUCCACAGCCGCAGCGCUUCCCAGGGGCCACACCCCCUACACCAAAGCCAGACUUCUCAAAGAGGCCAAACUCACCUUGGGCAAAAGAGCCUCCUCCAAAGCUCGCCAACCCCUGAAGAACCAACGGCGCUCUGCCAGUGGCAGUGCCCGCCGCCACCCACGCCCACCACACUCCAACUCAGGAAAACUCUCAAGCGGCGAUGCAAAGACUCCCAACAAACAGAAGGUACAAUCCAACAAGGCAGCUGGCAGGUGUUGCCUACAACGAGUCAACGGGCAGCUUCACCCACGCCGAUGUGGCGGUAAGCAGGUACUGCAGGGGCGUGAGGGCGUCAGACACUCCAAGAGGCGUCUGGGGCUCCCGGCUGAGGAGUCUUCGCCGGAGGUCAAAAAGGUUAGACUGCAGGUCAAUGCCCCGGAGACGCGAAGCAGCAGGAAGGUCAAUGUCCAGGAGAAGGCUGUGACGGAGUCCGGUGGCCAUCUUGGUAAGGUCACGUCCUCCCGACCUUCCUCCUCAGAGCAAAGACCCAAACGAGCCUCCGCUGGCAAGCUGAUGUUGACCCGACAAGCACAGUCCAUACCCCCUACUGCUAAUACUACUACUACUGCUAAUACUACACCACCAGCUAAGAACACUACUUCUAAGAAAACUUUCCAGGGCACUUCCAAGAACACUUCCCAUGUCACUUCCAAGGGCACUUCCACCUCCACUUCCACUACCUCAGCAGCCAAGGUGAAACCAGGCACCAGCAGCCCGGCUAAAGCAGCAGCAGAGGCUAAAGCAGCAGCAGAGGCUAAAGCAGCAGCAGAGCCUAAAGCAGCAGAGAGGCAGCGGAGAGAGCGGGAAGAGCGGGAGAGUGGGGAGAAGAGAGGUGCAGCACCACCCCCGCCCCUGUCCCUAACCGAGGUGCCAGUGUUCAGACCCAGCCUGGAGGAGUUCCACGACCCCCUGGUGUAUGUGGAAGCGGUGCGGGGGCAGGCAGAGAGCUAUGGGCUGUGCAGGGUGGCUCCUCCUCAGGACUGGAGGCCAGAGUGCAAGCUGAAAGAGGACAUGAGGUUUGUGACCCAGGUGCAGCACAUCCAUAAGCUGGGUCGGCGCUGGGGGCCCAAUGUACUCCGGCUGGCCUGCAUCAGGAAACACCUCCAGGCCCAGGGCAUCUCCAUGGAGGACCCCCCGCUCAUAGGCGGAUGUGAGUUGGACCUGGCCCGGUUCUUUCAGCUCAUCAACGACAUGGGCGGCAUGCAGCAGGUCAGCGACAUGAAGAAAUGGAACAAGCUAGCCGACCAGCUCCGUAUCCCCAAGACUGCACAGGAUCGUCUGGCCAAGCUGCAGGAGGCCUAUUGUCAGUACCUACUGUCCUACGACUCCCUGGACCCCGCUGAGCGCAUCCGCCUGGAGAGGGAGGUGCUCGAGGAGAAGGGGAGGCUGGAGAAGAAGAGAGGGCCCCUGGAGGGCCACUCAGAUGACUCCCAACAAAGCCUGCUCCAGCUGCCCCGCUGUGAGCCCAAGAAUGGCCUGGUAAACGGGGUGAUCCGGAGGACCGGCCUGCCCAGGAACCUGGAGGAAGGAGCGAAAGAGGGGAAGGAACAGGAGAAGGACAUGUGGCUGAGGUCCAGCAGGAGGAGACUGUUCUCUCAGGAGAAGAAAGGAGGAAGAGGAGGAUCAGAGGAGGAGAAAGAGUUUCUUAGCAACCAGCACAAGUGUAUAUACAGGGGGAAGUCGGUUUCUCUCACUACGUUCUACAGGACAGCCAGGAAUACUAUGAACAUGUGUUUCAACAAGGAGCCUGGGACGGCUGAGGUGGAGCAUGAGUACUGGAACAUCGUGGAGCAGAGGGAUUGUCAUGUUGCAGUGCACUGUGGGAAAGUGGACACUAAAACUCAUGGGAGUGGCUUCCCAGUUGGAAAGUCUGAGACGUUUUCAAAACAUGGAUGGAACCUUACAGUCCUUCCCAAUAAUUCAGGAUCCAUCUUACGUCAUCUUGGUGCUGUGCCAGGAGUGACCAUUCCUUGGCUGAACAUCGGCAUGGUCUUCUCUACCUCAUGCUGGUCGCGAGACCAUCAUCGCCUUCCAUACAUUGAUUACUUACACACUGGUGCUGACUGCAUUUGGUACUGUAUUCCUGCUGAGGAGAAGGUGAAGCUGGACAAGGUGGUUCACACACUACUGCAGGCUAAUGGAACCCCAGGACUGGAGAUGUUGGAGAACAACAUCAUGAUCUCUCCGGAGGUGCUGUGUGGAGCAGGGGUCAAAGUGCACCGGACCGUCCAGAAGAGUGGCCAGUUCGUCGUCUGUUUCCCGGCAGCGUUCGUCUCCAAGGAGCUGAAAUGUCGACGCAUAGAGAGGUCUUUCUCCAUGGAGAAGUUGCUGUACCAGAUCGCAAUGUCAGAAUCUAAACGGGAGAAUGGUGUCAUUCUGAGUACCAUGACCUCACUUCUCAAAGACCUCAGGGAUACAGAGUUGAGACAGCGCAGGGAUCUGUUUGACGCCGGGCUGCGGUCUGUUGCCCGCUACUGUAGCCAUGACAACCAGGCCUCGUCAGAGAGCAGGAGGAUCCAGCGCCAGUGGCUGAGGCUCGACCCCUCGGACCGACGCUGUCAGGUGUGCCAACACCUCUGCUACCUCUCCAUGGUGAGUCUUUACUGGGCAGGGAAGGUUGGGCACAAACAUAGGCAGCGAUUCAAUCAAAGGCAUGUGGUCGACAAGCGCACUGCACGGCCAACAAGGCGCCUUCUAAAGGCCAUUUCCCCGAUGUUCGCGGAGAUGGCAUCGAUGGUUAAGUCUGCAGAUGUGGGAUCAAUCGUAAAUGUCCUGUAAAAAGACCGGUCUUAC